CUUUUGUUCAUUCCAUAGCGAUUAUUUUGGCAGUGAGUUCAUCGUUUUGCAAGUGUUUCUUUUUUCGCGUUAAUCUAAAUUGCUGUUUUCAAAUCUAAACCAUGCAAAAUAAUCGCCCCAAACCGCGAGAGAGCCCGUCAGCACACGAGAGGGAAUCUAUCUACGAUGAAACGCGCCACAUGGUGAAUAAUCUUCCCAUUUCCCCGACUAUGUACGAUGGCACGUAUCCUGCGUACGAAGAGUUUACCAGCAGCCUGGUGUUGCAAUCGUCCGUUUCUGAGCUAAGCUUUUCUUCCGAGUCCCCGGACAGUGGCUCGCAUGUGCACUUUCAAAACGUCGAUCCCAUCAUUGAGCUUCCAUCGACCCCGCUGAAGGAUGGCAGCCGGCAACCGGAAGAGUGUACAGUCUGUACCGACACCGAAACCAUAUCACAGAGCACGAUCGGUGCUGCGCUGGAAAAGUCCGGUACGGUGCUGAUGCAACGGUCGCUGGAAAACCGUCUAGCCCAGCAGCUAGAACAAAUGCACGCCAUGAUGGGUAACGAAGACGAGUUGGUCGUGCUGAAGCAGCACAGCAUACGGGCGAUGGCUUCCCAGCCGGCCUUCACGAAGGACAUGCUGCGCGAUUUCAUGGAACAUUCGGAAACGAUGUUCAACCUGGUGCAUGAAACCAACGGCAAUAGUGCACAGUUUGUCAUCGGGAUUGAGGAAGCGGAAGCAAGCGAUCCGGAUGUUCCCGGCUGUUCGCAUCGUCCGGUUAGACGUUCGAUAGUACCGUCCGUUACCAACGACAAAGGAGAGAAUGAAUUUGUAGGAUGCUUUAGCAAGGACAACGAUAUGGUCUUGUACAAACGCACGAUGCCGGAAAAGCCGAAAAUGGAGCGGGAAGAUCGCGAAAGUAUCGAUUCCCUUAUCGCUCAUCACGCUCAAUGUCUCGUGGAAGCGGAUAAGGUCACCAGUCCGACGGUUCACGUGCGUCAGGAUAAUGAUGAUAAUAUGCUCGCCUUGCUGACCUUUUCAGAUCAGUCAUCGGCCGUGCUAAAGACGACCAGCGCCAUGACGGAAGGUAUUACCUCAGAAGACGAGCUGAACGAAGCGAUACUGAGCACUUACCGGCAGCUUGUCGCCAAACCGGACGAGAUGAUAUCGAUGCACACACAGACUACACCCGUUUCGGGUCAGCAACAGCCAGCUUUCGAUCUCGACCGGCCAGCACCGGCACACAUACAUCAACUACGUCCCGGUGUGAUGAACAAUCUUUCCAAUGCAACGUCCAGUUUCGGUCUUUCCAAUGAGUCCACCUUUCCUAUGGUCGUACAGGGAUCUAGCAAAAACUGGAUCAAAUGUCCUAGAAUGCAACAUGCAGCGGAAGUUGUCCUCAAUCUUCGACUACUGCUGGAAGAGUACAUCCUCCGCAACAUCUACGUCACGGGGACGGUACUAAAGUUUGUUUCGCACGUCCUCUCGGAAGUGAUGCGUUGCACCCGGCAAGAAGUGGGCGAUGAAUUUCGACGCCUUGGACUGGUGGAUAAAAUCAAACAUGUACAUAACGAGCUGUUAAUGCCACACAGUCUGGAAGAUCCCGUUACGAUAGUGAAUCAGUUGCGUCACACGAUUGAAGAGAUUCAAAAUUAUCCGCUCAAGGCGCGAUCACUUGCGAGCGGUGAAGAGGCAUGGAAUCGUGUGCUGCAGACGCUGGAGAAGCUUUCCUGCGAGCUAGACCACGAGAUUGAACAUCCGGAACAGUUCAUCGAAGCAUUGCAGUAUGGGCUGGUGCGUGUCAGCGAGACCUGCACUGGUUCGUGCAGUGUGCCGGAGAAAAAAGUUGUCUCCAUUGAUCCGACACCGGUGGCAACCGGCCCAGCGGUGUUUCCCACAAGUUCUAGCGUGUUGGAGAUAGAUCGGUACGAGGCACCAUCCGUAUCGUUCUGUAAACCCUACACCUGCUUCUUCGAGCGUAUCGUUCUCUCCAUCUGGUCCGUGCUCGUGUGGAUCAUGAAUCAGAUGAACAGUUUUUGGGACUUUCUGAACAGUCCUCCACCGCCUCUGCUGGGAACACCUUCACCGUCCGUGUCGUUCCACCGCAGCGUGCUUGAUAAUGAAAAAAUUCCCCACCAGCGUCACGAAGAAAGCAAUGGACUAAAUCAAGCAAGAAACGUGUUACAAAUUGCGCUAGAAAGAUCAUCCGGAGCAGAGAUUACAGCGGACUCGCAAAACGAUCCGGAUCGUUCGGUAAAUGCACGAUCGCUGAAGAUGUUCACGCAACUGUUGCAAGAUGCUGGCAGUAUUGAGCUGAAGCAUUCCAGCUCUCGCCACAACAUUCACCUGCAGCUGCACACGAGCGUCUCGGGUAUGCUGGAAAAGCGGGAAGCGGACGACUAUCUGACGAUGACGGGCAACAUUCGGGAUCACGAUGCUGGUGUGGCCGUGUUCUUCGACGCCCGCAUUAUCGAUCUGGAUUCGCUGGCAAAGGUCGAAUCGGUGAUGGAGUGCGUCACCAGAAUCGGGCGACUCUCGGACGACGUGGAAAAUAGUGAAGUUUUAUCCGAGGAAACGGUUGUACAUUCGGCAGCGGGAACGGAACCGACCACUGAAGAUGAGCAGGUUGUAAGUUCGCUGAUUGAAGAUAUGGUGUGCAAUGGAGGCUAUGACGAAGAGUUGCCCAUCCUCAACACUACAGGGGCGGAACAGUUGCUGAGAGAAAUUAAACACUGCCUGCAGGACCUGCUCUCGCCAGUUACAUCGGCGGUGCACAAGUUAUGCGAUCAAUUUGGUAACGCAGGCGUUGGGACUGCGCACACCAUGGCGGAGGAGAACGCAUUGGAACGCUAUACGGUGGAAAUACACGAAGAUGUUACGGAUGAAGAGGAGGGUCACGCUUGCACCGACCAUUCUUGCGUUAUUUGUAACAGACAUGUCUCAGUUUCAAAUAAAACCAAGGAGAAUGAAAUUGACGAAGAUAGCACUCCAGCCCUUGAGCAGUCAGCUGAGGAACUCCCGUUGUCAGAAACCACUGGAAUUGAAGUAGACGAAGCACUAUCUCCACCACAAGAACAGUUUUCCGAGCAUUCCCAGUUGGCAGAAACGAUGCAAGAGCUACUGGAAUUGUUUCACGCUACAAACGAUCGUCUGGAAACGAUUGACACAGACAUUAGCGCCAUUCGUAACGAAGUACAGCAGCUAGUAGCCGGACAGCAGCAGCAGCAGCAGCAGCAACCUGUCCCAGAAGGUACUCACCCACCUACCCAGACCGAAAGGCGUCGAUCCCAACGCAAAUCUUUAGCCCAAAAGCUACGAAAAUCGUACGAAGCACCGAUCGUUCGAUGCCCGAUGCAGACCCAACAGCCGAUUGGACCAUUUGGCCAGAGUGGUUCGUACUGUCCGACGGAAAUCUACUCGUGCCAUGCAGUGAGCCCGGAUGUGCUGGUCGUUCACUGGAGAGUACUGGAUGAUGAUGUGCUACACUGUAUAGCAGGGUUUGAGAUUUACGUCGAUAAUGAACUGCGUUCUGUUUGCUACUCGAACAAACGGCGCACGACUCUGAUUGGAAAUAUUGAUCUUAAAAAGCAUCACCAAAUUACACUAAACAUAACGACACGGGAUGAAUCAGGUUCGGCCUGUGAGAAGGCAGCGCAAUGGGCGCCUGCGUUCUUUCUGUAUCAUACUUGAAUAUGUUUUAGAAAACUCUUUUUGUAUAAUUGAAGCAUGGUGCAACUUGAUCUAAUUUAAGACAGUGCAGAGAGUGUAUGUUCAUGCUUAAGUUGAUGAACAUCACACUGCUGACGAAUAAUAUCCAUUGUCUUAUAAAUUGA